AUGAAAACCUUCUAUUCCCUGAGGGGGUUCUACCACGUGGAAACGCUCUUUAAUGGAACUUUAGCUGUAGCUGGUCGUGACCAAGAAACCACCGGUUUUGCUUGGUGGGCCGGAAAUGCUCGACUUAUUAAUUUAUCCGGUAAAUUACUAGGAGCUCACGUAGCUCAUGCUGGGUUAAUCGUAUUCUGGGCUGGAGCAAUGAACCUAUUUGAAGUGGCUCAUUUUGUACCAGAGAAGCCGAUGUAUGAACAAGGAUUAAUUUGA